AUGGUACGCACAGAGUACCUAAGAAUUCCCCCAGGUCUAAACUUUCCCCAAAUCAAUUUAAUUUUAAUAUACAAAUUCCGCGGCCUGCUGCGACCGUUCUCUCUAUUGCAUCAGUCUGCAGCUGCAAUUGCCGAAUUCUCCUAUCCGCUCACGGAAUAUCCCUCUCCUUCCUGCACUAGCUCCAUCUUCCGGAGCCCCAGCUUCAACAGGUUUUCGAUCUCUUUCUCUUCACUGUUCAGGCUAUCCUACUUUGUCUGUUUUGUUUCCUCAAUGAGUUCUGUUUCUUUGGGUUCCUUCCACCUUAUUUCUUCUCCUAUAUUCAAGUCCCACCCUCGCCUUCAGAUAAAAUGUCAACAUACUCACCAUCUGAGUUGCUAUGGUCUCAACACGUCUUCUACUUCCCUUACCUCUUCGUUCAGUAAGCCGAUUUUGCUUCGCGCCACUGGCUCAAAUUUUGAUGCUUCAAUUUCUUUCCCUGAGGGAGCCGUGUCUGUUAUUAACUUUGAAGAACUAGUGGAGAAGGAUUGGUCAGUACUUGAUUCUGAUAAGUCCACUCCCGAGGAAGAAUUCAGUCGUAAUAUUGACCGCAUUAUCUCUGCUGGAAAGAUUGAAGAAACUUCAAGGGUUUUGGUUUCAGUUAGUUCCGAAGAUUUUGUGGAUCGCUUGGUUGAUUCAUCCCCAUGCAAGUUUCUGCUUGUUGUCCAUGAUUCACUUUUGAUGUUAGCUGGUAUUAAAGAGAAAUAUGACCUGGUUAAGUGUUGGCAAGGAGAAAUUAUAUAUGUUCCAGAGAAAUGGGCUCCGUUAGAUGCUGUGUUUCUUUAUUUCUUACCUGCUCUGCCCUUCAAACUUGACGAGAUUCUGGGUUCUCUUGCUAAAAAAUGUUCACCAGGUGGAAGGGUGGUUAUCAGUCAUCCUCAAGGGAGAGAUGUACUAAAAAAACAACGGCAAGAGCACCCAGAAGUAGUAGUCUCUGACCUGCCUGAUAAAACAACUUUACAGAGAGUUGCCGUUGCUCAUUCGUAUAAUGUGAUUGAAUUCGUGGAUGAACCUGGCCUCUAUUUGGCUGUUUUGAGCAGGUCGGCAGCUUAAAAAGUAAAGUGGAUAUUUACUUCAAAAGUUUAUUACAGGUUCAUUUUGCAACAUGUCACUUAACCUUGAUUGGACCUGUCGUGGUUUUUGGCUUUUAUCGUUACCGUGUAUAUCGAAUGGAAACUUGUUACGAAGGAUUCAAUUUUCGUGUUUGUAUGUCAGGCUUUAUCUUAAAAAUCUAUCUAGUUCUAGUGCACCAGGAAGUUUAUAUCUGGCCUUACUUUUGUUGGGGAGUGACGCUUCCCACGACCUCGAUUUUUGUCAUAAAAACUGACACUUGGGCAGGGUUUCUGCCUUGGAUUUUUGCUUGUGUCUUGCACUUGAUCUGGAUUUUUUCCGACCAAAAAA